UCUGCAGGCUCACGAUCAUUUGCAGUUAUGGAUCACACAAGGAAACAAGCUGUAUCUGUAUGCAAGUUUCCAGAUGAAAACGAUGACCGCAUGUGUCCACCAGGUGGCAGUGACCCUCUCACAUACUACAGGGACCUUAUACAGCGCUUGGCAAUUUAAACUUCACUCUACAGAGCUGCUGCCAGCUGAAGCCGUAUGUAUGUCCCAGUGUAGGUCCCAGUGUAGGUCCCUGUGUAUGUCCCAGUGUAGGUCCCUGUGUAGGUCCCUGUGUAGGUCCCUGUGGAUGCCCCUUUGGAUGUCCCUGUGGGUGUCCCUGUGCAUUCACAUCUCCCAGCCGCAUUGGUAAGCACACACCUCCAGCAGGUAAUGUAAAAGCCAUGGUUCUGGAUGCAUGCUGUCCUUGCUGUAUAUGAGUUGUCAGAGCAGACUGUGAUGGGAAUAUGAAGUGGAGUUCAGCUUUAAGGGGAGUAUCUCCAUCUUCCACAAUCUUUUCAGGGUCAGUGACAGAAAUAACUGGAUUUCUGCCCCAUCCUCUUUCUCCUCACCCACAUGUAUUGUCCAUCUCUCAGUAUUAUCUGCACCAGGAGCUGUAACUGACAUCUAAGCAAGAGCUGUGAAAUGGAUUUUAACCUGAAAGACUUUAAUAACAGAACAGACACAAAAGAAGAAAACAGCACAUUGGAUAUAACAACCACCAAUUUUCCUGCAUGGGAGGAUUAUAACAGUAGCGUGGACGACAUACGAUACUUUCUAAUUGGGCUGUACACCUUUGUAAGCCUGCUUGGAUUUAUGGGGAAUCUCCUUAUUCUCUUGGCUAUUUUCAGAAAGCGCAAACAAAAGACAAUAAUCAACUACCUCAUUGGAAACCUGGCCUUUUCAGAUAUUCUUGUUGUACUCUUUUGUUCUCCCUUUACAUUGACAUGCGUCUUACUUGACCAAUGGAUCUUCGGUGAAGUUAUGUGUCAUGUUGUGCCUUUUCUCCAAUGUGUUUCUGUUCUCAUUUCCACACUAAUGCUUAUGUCAAUUGCCUUGGUAAGAUACCAUAUGAUUAAAAAUCCACUAUCUACCAAUUUAACUGCCAACCAUGGGUACUUUUUGAUCGCUACUGUCUGGACUCUAGGCUUCACCAUAUGUUCUCCUUUGCCAGUUUUUCAUAAAAUCAUAAAUUUGAGGGAAGCAUUCAACUUAGAGCCCCUGAUGAAUAGUUACCUAUGCAUUGAGUCAUGGCCCUCUGAUUCAUACCGAAUAGCUUUCACCAUAUCGUUAUUGCUGGUACAGUACAUAUUGCCACUGUCCUGUUUAACCAUAAGUCAUACAAGUGUUUGCAGAAGCAUAAGUUCAAGGUUACCAAACAGAGAAGUUAAGGUUGAAGAAAAUGAGAUGAUUAAUCUGACCCUUCAGCAUCCUAAAACUAACAGGUCUGUUGUGGAAAUCUGUAGUAGUAGUCGUAGGUGGAGCUACUCCUGUGUACGCAAACACCGAAAGCGCUACAGCAAAAAAUCAGCAAGUGUUGUCCCAGCAAUUCUGAGAAGACACCAAGAGAGUAAUACUGGAGAUAUCCCAGAAACAUCAACCACAGAAAGGAGUCAUACUUUGCCCUCUAGUCUUCACACGUUACCUUCCAGUGUUUAUUUACCUGGAGUACCCAUAUGUUUUGAAAUGAAGCCAGAAGAGAACUCUGAAUUAAGCAACAUGAAUUCUGUCUCAAAAUCCAUAACCCGAAUAAAAAAAAGGUCUAGGCGUGUUUUCUGCAGGCUGACAGUAUUGAUCUUGGCUUUUGCUGUCAGUUGGAUGCCACUUCACCUUUUUCACCUUGUAACUGAUUUUAAUGCCAACCUAAUUUCCAAUCGACAUUUCAAAUUAGUUUAUUGCAUCUGUCACUUGCUUGGUAUGGUCUCAUGUUGUCUAAAUCCCAUACUCUAUGGAUUUUUAAAUGAUGGUAUAAAGGCAGAUUUGAUGUCUCUCAUCCAGUGUUUCCAUAUAUCAUAGGCUGGAAUCCAGCUGUUAUUUUAUUUGCUGUAAAACAAAGAUGCAAAGAAAUAUCUACAGAGUUAGACACAAGUUGAACUGGAUUGAAACUUAGCCAUGUGCUAGUAUAAAUAUCUACUACUUAACCACUAACUCAACUAAUGUUAUCAUAGCAUAAAAUGUAUAUUUGCAGACAAGUUUACAGUGUGGCAUAUGAUCUCCAUGAGGUCAUUUUCUAUUCUUUUUACUAGUGUAAAAAUGACAUUCAGUAUGUACAAUACUUGUUUUGUUCCUUUUACAUUUUAUUUACUCGGUAACUAUGUAUGCUUUAAUUUAAAUUAUGUUUUCUAUGAAUUACAUUUAUUAAUGUAAUUAACUAUAAAAUGAUGCAUCACAUGUAAGUAAAGGUUUAUUUAAUAGGUUUUAAGACAUUGUACAGGAAACUCAUUUACGUCAGUGUUUAUUGAUUAAUAUAAAUGUGUUUGCAGAAAAGAGAUAUUAGCUUUGAAUUUGCAACCAUUUUAAAUAGUUUUUUUCUAAUAUUAUUUUUUCUAAAACAGAAUAAUAUUGUGCAAGUGUUAUGUCAAACAGUGCAUUGCUUGCAGAAUCAUUAGAACGUCUGGCAUAAUAGUUGUCCUUUAAUGAUUUUGAUUCUUUUAAUUUUUGCAUACUACAUAUGCAGAGCUUUGCCAUUCUGACAACAUUUACUUUGUGGUUUUAGUGUUACUUAAUAUGAAUAAAAUGCUGUGAUAAUUUA